UUGUAAACGAAUGUUCAUUUCCAGAACACGGAAGUUUCCCUUCGUCUGGAAAACACAAACAGCUUUCUAAAACCAAACCAAACACGCCCUAGAUCUCCCGUUGUCGCCUUCGAGUCUCUCUGCUCUAAACAUCCGUCUGCGCUCGAAAUCCAAAAACCCUUCUAAAACCCUAGCCUCGAUCCGAAGAUGAGAGUUUCUGCAAUUUUACACUUACCAUGAACCUCUCACCUCAAAUUUGUCGAUCCGUCUUGCAUUUCAUUCCGAAGCAAAGUCGGUUUCGCUGUCUGCAUGCCAACCUCUUCACCACCGCCCAAGGCGCCGCUAUUUCCAAUGAGGUCCUCACUGUUAUGGAGACCGUAAACCCCAUGGAAGACGCCUUAGAAAAGCUAGCCCCAUUUCUCUCUUCUGAAAUCGUGAAUGAUGUUAUGCGAGAACAGCGAAGACCUGAAUUGGGUUUUCGGUUCUUCAUAUGGACAACGAGAAGACGGAGUUUUCGCAGCUGGGUUACGCAUAAUUUGGUCAUAGAUAUGCUUGCCAAGGAUGAUGGGUUUGAUACCUACUGGAAAAUUCUCGAGGAGCUCAAGAAUUCUAACAUUCAGAUACCUCCCCCCACAUUUUCCGUGCUAAUUGCGGCUUAUGCAAAGUCGGGUAUGGCUGAAAAGGCCGUAGAAUCUUUUGGUAAGAUGAAAGAUUUUGGCUGCAAACCUGAUGUGUUCACUUACAACUCCAUCUUACAUGUUAUGGUACAAAAAGAGGUGUUUUUGUUAGCAUUAGCGGUUUAUAAUCAGAUGUUGAAGUUGAAUUAUAAUCCAAAUCGAGCUACAUUUGUCAUUUUGCUUAAUGGUUUGUGUAAAAAUGGGAAGACUGAUGAUGCGCUGAAAAUGUUCGAUGAAAUGACCCAAAAAGGUAUACCACCUAACACAAUGAUAUAUACAAUAAUUUUGUCUGGUUUGUGUCAAGCGAAAAGAACUGAUGAUGUCCAUAGAUUGCUGAAUACAAUGAAAGUGAGUGGGUGCUGUCCUGACUCGAUUACUUGUAAUGCUUUGCUUGACGGAUUCUGUAAACUGGGUCAAAUUGAUGAGGCUUUUGCACUCUUGCAGUUGUUUGAGAAGGAGGGGUAUGUUCUUGGGAUAAAGGGAUAUAGUAGUCUGAUUGAUGGUUUGUUUAGGGCGAAGAGAUAUGAUGAAGUGCAGGAGUGGUGUAGGAAAAUGUUCAAGGCUGGUAUUGAGCCUGAUGUUGUUUUGUAUACAAUUUUGAUUCGGGGAUUUUGUGAAGUAGGCAUGGUUGAUUAUGCACUGAAUAUGUUGAAUGAUAUGACACAGAGGGGUUUGUCCCCAGAUACUUAUUGUUACAAUGCUUUGAUUAAAGGGUUUUGUGAUGUGGGUCUUUUGGAUAAGGCUCGGUCCCUUCAACUUGAAAUUUCAAAGAAUGACUGCUUUCCCACCUCCUGCACUUACACCAUUCUCAUUUGUGGUAUGUGCAGGAAUGGGCUGUUAGAUGAGGCGCGACAAAUAUUUAACCAGAUGGAGAAUCUUGGGUGCUCUCCUUCUAUAAUGACCUUCAAUGCUCUUAUUGAUGGACUUUGUAAGGCUGGGGAGCUUGAGGAAGCUCGCCAUUUGUUUUACAAGAUGGAGAUUGGAAAAAAUCCUUCGUUGUUUCUUCGUCUCUCUCAAGGGGCUGAUCGGGUUAUGGAUACUGCAAGUCUUCAGACAAUGGUGGAGCGAUUGUGUGAGUCGGGAUUGAUUCUCAAGGCCUACAAGCUUCUCAUGCAGCUUGCUGACAGUGGGGUUGUACCAGAUAUCAUGACUUACAAUGUUCUCAUCAACGGCUUUUGCAAGGCAAAGAACAUUAAUGGUGCUUUCAAGCUCUUUAGGGAGCUCCAACUCAAGGGGCAUUCCCCUGAUUCUGUCACAUAUGGUACACUCAUAGAUGGGUUUCAUAGAGUUGACAGAGAAGAAGAUGCCUUUAGGGUCUUAGAUCAAAUGGUGAAGAAUGGAUGUACUCCUAGCUCAGCAGUUUACAAAUGUCUUAUGACUUGGUCGUGCCGCAAGGGGAAGCUUUCAGUAGCUUUUAGUCUCUGGUUGAAGUAUCUGAGGAGCCUCCCUAGUCAGGAAGAUGAAACACUUAAACUAGCAGAGGAACAUUUUGAGAAGGGAGAAUUGGAAAAAGCGGUUCGAUGUUUACUUGAAAUGAACUUCAAGCUGAAUAAUUUUGAAAUAGCACCUUAUACCAUCUGGCUCAUUGGACUGUGUCAAGCUAGAAGAUCAGAGGAAGCUUUAAAGAUAUUUCUCGUUCUGAAGGAGUGCCAGAUGGAUGUCAAUCCCCCAAGUUGUGUGAUGUUGAUUAAUGGUCUCUGUAAAGAUGGGAAUCUGGAGAUGGCAGUGGACAUAUUCCUCUACACUUUGGAGAAAGGUUUUAUGUUGAUGCCUCGGAUUUGCAACCAAUUGCUCAGGUCUCUUAUUUUGCAGGAUAAAAUGAAGCAUGCCCUUGACCUUUUAAACAGAAUGAACUCUGCAGGAUAUGAUUUGGAUGAAUAUCUUCACCAUCGAAUCAAGUCCUAUUUACUGAGUGUGUGGAAGGCGCAGGAAAUGGAAAAUGUGGCACCUGGAUGAAACAUGGGUACUGCAAGGCAUGGCCAUCAGGACAUGGAACAUGCUCUUAUAUUUGACCCGAUCAGGAGAGUUGCUGUAAGACGACUUUCCUGUGAAUUUUUUCACCCACUUCUCAGCUUUGUUUUCUGAGAAAUAAUUGCGAUGAAUAAGAGGUGCAAACAGCCAAGAAAGUGGAUGCCGUGGAUUGUCACCCAUGUAUCCUAAGAUUUUGGAAUUCAUACCCUACUGACAUAAGUGAUGUACAGUCCACUGGGUCUGAAGCCGUAUGCUUGAGUUCUUCUGAAGAUGCCCAGUUUGUUUUCAAGGGCAAGUUCUUUUGUUCUUUAACCUAACCAGACCAAGGUAAGGUUUAUGUAAUUGCAAACAGAAAAGAAGGCAAAAAGAUUUGAAGACAAAUCUCCUGAUAAUACGGCCUUUAGUUUCGCAGCUCAAUGCGGCCUGUUAGGGUCAGGUGAUGCUCGCAGGGAGAAUAUUUUCCUGUUUGGAAACUGUUCUUUGUUGACAAAAUAUUUGUUGGAGAUUUUGUUCUGAAAAUGGAUUAUUUUUUGAAUCAAA